AGGUCGCAAUUUUAUAAUAAUUAUUGUACGACGUUGAUAAACACUGGUUUGGUUUCUGUGCAAUCUCUUGAAAGAUAUAUAAACGCACUUGUCGCGUUUACCGAUUUCGAUGUUUUAUUAUUUUGUUCUGAUGAUUGUAUUUGUAUGUCUCGUGUAGUAACGAGAAUAAAAUCGUUGGCGGCUGGUGUGACUAGUGCCGAUUGCAGCGGCCGAACAGUAAGCAACUUACUAGUUGUUUGUUUGGUGGGUCGGCACUCGGUGGUCGCGACUCGCGGUUGGUUUACCUUCAGAGUUGAAUGUUGAUCACUGAUCAGUUCGUGGCGGACCGUCGCGCACAUCGGAGCUCGCGUAUCGAGGCCGGUCUCAAACCUUGUGAUACACCAGUGCCACUCUACUAUAACUAUACUGUUAUAUAUCGGAUGCAACAAAAGGAAUCUAAUCGCGUGAUAAUAGUGCCAAUUAGUGCGACGUCAUUUCGAUUGUGAAUUGCGUCUGUGAAAUGUGUCUUUAUUGCGUAUUGGAACUCAAUUAUAUGAACAUGGGCUUACAAUUUCCUUCAAAGAGCCCUCCACGCUCCUGACAAAAAAGUAGCCGUAGUAAGUGAAGGACAAGGGAAGCCUGUAUCCGCGCGAGGAUCACGCUGCAAGUUGUAACGCCACAUACAAGUGCACGUGUAGACUGAUAAUUGUGAAAGUGUGUAACAAGUAACUAACAGUGCGCGCGAACUGACGUGGACACGUCGCGUUAUUGUUGAUUUGUGUUCAAGUGAUUGUAACGGUGGAAAGAAUGGAGCGAGAAUCAAAUCCCAUGGAGACGCUGUGUCGCUCGGGAUGCGGCUUCUACGGGAACCCGUCCACGGACGGACUCUGCUCGGUCUGCUUUAAGGAGGCGCUCAAGAAGAAGCAGCAGCCGCCCGCGCCGGCGCCGGCGGCCGCCAUGGCGUCGUUCACGGCGCUGGCCCCCGCCCCCGCGUCGCCCCCGCCCGCGCCCGCCUCGCCGCCGCCCGCCACGCCGCUCACGGCCGCCGCGCCCACCGUGCCCGCGCUGCCGCAGCCGCACGCCGACAAAUUUGAGGAAGAGAGCUUGGCAGGCACGAGUGGCGCUAGCACAGGGGCAUCGGACACUGACGCGGACGACAGAGAGGGCCGGGACAAGAAGAAGAAGAACAGGUGUGCGGUCUGCCGCAAGAAGGUCGGACUUACAGGUUUCGAGUGCCGUUGCGGCGGUCUAUUUUGUGCGGUACAUCGGUACAGCGACAAACACGAGUGCUCGUUCGACUACCGGGAGCUGGGCGCGCAGGAGAUCCGCCGCAACAACCCCGUCGUCGUCUCGCAGAAGAUACACAAGAUUUGAGCCGCGUCCGACCCCAGCUCGACUCAACAAUCAUUGUAUUUAGAUUAAUUUGUGGCGAGUUUAUUUUGCUUUUUAAAAAGAGAUUGGGCAACCGUCGCGACUCGAUAAUGACCGCCACACGUUCUGUCAUGCACAAAUACAACUUUAGUUUGUUGUUACCGUUCCCGAUUCGCGAUCUAAUCAAUCUACUGUCACUGUUGACUUUGAAAUUAUAACUUAUAACUCGCUCGCUUCGUUUUAACUUUCUUACUAUAUCCCUAAUACGUUAACGGAGUCUAUUCGAAAUUGAUAAGAUAGACAUAAGUAUGUUUUGGGUAAAGUAAAGUAUGUUUUGGGUAAAUAAAAAUAAAUUGUUGGGUAUAUUAGCGAAGUAAGUAUGUUUUAACUUUUGUAAUAGUCGAUAUCGAGUUAAUUCGUGGCGCGAGUCGCGUGUCGAGUGCGGCUUGCUCAAUCUCAUCUAUAUAUACAUAUUAUAUACUAUGAAACUUGUAGAUAAUGUUCAUUUCGGUUAUUUGUAUUACAUGGUUAAUUUUUCGAGAUAAUAUUAUGUAGAGUUUGAAAUAUGUCCAUUCACCUCCAUUGUAAAUAUUAGAUGUAAUUAAUUAUAGAUACGAAAAACUAUAUAUUGUAAAAAAUAAAAGUAAAACUCAAAAAAAGCUACAUUGUUACGAAAAGACGGAGCGAUGGCGCUUUAUGAUGCGGAGUAAUAUAUUCGUUCGCCGUAAAUUGUAUGGGACUCGCUUGAUCGUGCGAUACUGACUUGUAAAUUGUACAGAACCUCAGUCGCAGGUGCGGCGUGGUGCGGCGCGGAGCCUAAGGGUGGCGACACACUCGGACGCUUACAACUGUAUAAAACAGACGAGAACAACGCUUGUGCAAUUGUAUUGAGAUCCGUGUAUAAUAUUUUGACUGCUGAAUAAUAAAGCACCACAAUUAUUUGAGGUCACACCACAUUCAUUUGGCCGAGGUUGCUGGUGUUCAGAAUUUUUACCGAAGCUGUGUCGCUCCAAAAUGUUGUAAUGUGUGGCAGUGUUGGCAACUGGCUAGAUUUGCUCGAGUUUAAAUUUGUUUACGAUAUUGAGACUUAAAUUUCAUUAAACCGGUCAGGUUGAGCACGCGUCACGCGCCACGUUGACACUGCGACGUCACUCACCGUCACUCACGUACACCAGCAAGGUGUGACGCACCACGGAUUUGAAGAUAUCGUUCAAAUUGUUAGUACUUUAUUUUUGGUUUGGGAAGUCGCUUUCUUAUUUGUCUAACUUUGGCGUUAAUGGAAUAGACUUAGCGAGAUUGUGGUGUGUAUCAGCUGAGGCGGGCGUCGACAGACGGCCGCGAGUGAAAAUUAUAAGAGUAAGCAUAUGGAUAGAUAUACUUUAUAAGUAGUGAUCACUUUAUAUUAUUACACAUUAUAUAAGUAGGAAAGAAUUAUUUAGCUUUUUUCGUUUUUAAUCACAUUAUUCAAAAUUGUAAGUUGUAUUAUGUAAUAUGUUCAUGGGAGCGGCGAACUGUGUACUGCUUCGGUCGCUGACCACGCUGUGAACUGACGAUCACUUGGACUUGAUUAUUUGAUGACUUUUGUUGUAUAUUUUGUUGGGUCAUUGAUUAAUUUUGGUCGUUUGCUUGACAAAUAAUCAGAUAAAGUGUUAAUAAUGAAUGAUUUUCUUCUAUCUUGCUGUUUUAAUUUAGUUAUUCUUCUAUUAAAGUCAAUAAAUUUCCAAGAAUA